AUGGUUUUGACAUCGAUGGUCGCCAGGGCCUUUGAGGUGCCGUGGUUCAAGAAUGCGAUGAAGCCAGUUGCCAGCUGGUACGCCAAUGCCGCUGGAUACAGAAAAUUGGGCCUAAGAUUGGAUGACUUGAUCCCAGAAGAUAAUGAUACUGUUCAGUUGGCGUUGAAGAGACUUCCUCCCAAAGAGGCAUAUGACCGUCUCUACCGCAUCCGCCGAGCCGUCCAGUGCUCUGUUGAACACCAGCUUCUGCCUGAAAAAGACCAGACUAAGCCAGAAGAUGAUGUCCGAUACCUCUCUCCAAUCAUCGAAGCUAUCAAGCGUGAACAGGCCGAGCGUGUGGAACUCGACUCCCUCGUCCUCAAGCGGUGA